AUGGGGCCCGGCCGCCUCUCGCGGGCGCCGCUGCUGCUGCUGCGCUGCCGCCGGGCGCUGAGCGCGGCCCGCCGCCCCCUGAAACCGCCGUACAGCCGCUCGCUCGGCUCUGCCGCCGCCGCUGCCCUCCGCCUGUGCGCUCCUCAGCGGUCUCCGGACGGGCGGGCGGGCGGCAGUGGGCGGUGGAAGGGAGGAGCGGGUGCCAGCGGGGAUGAUGAUAAUGAUAAUGACGACGAUGAAGAUGAGGAAGAGGAGGAGGACGAAGAAGAUGACGCAGAGCUGGAGGAGCUGCUCGGCCCCCCGCCGCUCGGGCCGCAGCUCGGAGCGCACCGCGUGGCUGUGGUGCAGCCGGCGGUGAGGUGGGGCCCGAAGAAGCCGCUGCUCACCACGGCUGAAUUACAGGUUGCUGAAGCCGUUGCUCUUGUAGAUACCCUUCAGAACUGGACAAUUUUAGAUAAAAUAAUUAUUCCUACCAAAAAUCCUGACAAGAAGUUCAUUUUUGGCAAAGGAAACUUUGAGGCUUUGACAGAAAAGAUUAAAAAAUUACCCCACGUGACAGCUGUCUUCUUGAAUGUGGAAAGAAUAUCUUCAGUAACAAAGAAAGAACUGGAAGAUGCCUGGGGUGUGAAAGUCUUUGACAGAUACACAGUUGUGCUUCAUAUUUUUCGUUGUAAUGCAAGAACUAAGGAAGCAAAACUCCAGAUUGCGUUGGCUGAAAUUCCACUCCUCAGGUCAAAUCUAAAAACUGAAGUGUCUCAUCUAGAUCAGCAGAGAGGUGGAUCAAGAUACAUCAUGGGCUCAGGUGAAACUUUCAUGGAGACACAGAAUCGUCUCUUGAGAGAAAAAGAACUUAAAAUUAGGAAUGCCUUGGAGAAACUAAGAAGAAAAAGAUCUUUGCUCAGAACUCAGCGCAGAAAACGCGAGUUUCCAAUUAUCUCAGUAAUGGGCUAUACUAAUUGUGGGAAAACUACAUUGAUCAAAGCCUUGACAGGGGAAGCAGGAAUUCAACCCCGAAAUCAGCUGUUUGCUACUCUUGAUAUUACUGCUCAUGCUGGCUAUCUGCCCUCACAUAUGGCAGUCAUAUAUGUUGACACUAUUGGUUUUCUGACUGAUCUUCCACAUAAUCUGGUCGAGUCCUUUUCAGCUACAUUAGAAGAAGUUGCUUACUCAGAUCUGAUAGUUCAUGUGAGGGAUAUUACUCAUCCUGAAACCAUCCUCCAGAAAGCAAGCGUUUUAUCAGUUCUGAAGAAUCUUAAUCUUCCAAGCCAUUUGCUGGAAUCAAUGGUAGAAGUUCAUAACAAAGUGGAUUUGAUAGAAAGCUAUGAACCCACUGAAGAAAAUGCUUUAGCUGUUUCUGCUCUACAUGGGCAUGGUUUAGAAGAGCUGAAAGAAGAAAUAGAAAAAAAAAUUCUGAAAGCAACGGGAAAGAAGAUUCUGACAAUUACAGUCAACUUACAGGGACCUCAGCUAAGUUGGCUCUAUAAAGAAUCAACGGUUCAGGACGUGGACGUCAUGCCUGAUGAUGGUACAGCCAGGGUGAAGGUGAUCAUCAGCGACUCUGCUUUUGGCAGAUACAGAAACCUCUUUCCUAGCAGUAAGAUUUUUGUAGCAUGAAAUCCUUCUGUCAAAAAAGACACUGAUCUCUUUAAGAAGACUGGAAUUAAGCUAGUGGCCUGGAUGCUGGAGAGUUUAUUUCUUAACCAGCUGAUGCUUUCGACACAUUGUAGAAAUGGACAGUGAUUCAGAAAACUUUUGUUUGAAAACAACAGCUUUGAGCUUCAUUCUGGCAGCAAGAGCAAGAAUAGCAGUAAUUUUUAUGUUGGAAUAGUUAUUGACUCUGAACCUCAAAUGUGGAAUCACAGGAUGGCAUCUAAGUUAACCUUCAGGAAAAUACUACAUCACAUAAAGACUUUAAUCCCAUUUUUCAGAAUAAAAUAUUUGUUACAGACAAGGUGUCCCUUGGUCAUCAAAAAAUGAAAGUUACUGAAGAAAACACUGUUGCCUGUAUAUAAAUAAUAGAGAUAUUUCCACGUAUUCUGCUUGAAUAUUUACUUAAAUAAAUGCCAUUUAUUACUGCAGUGAAGCAGAAACAACACUGAUGUGUAUAUUUAAGCAAGUAAUAAAGUGAAAAGUGAGCUGUGAACAUCUUCAUCCA